AUGAAGGACCAGUCGGUCAGCUCAUACUAUGAUGAGAAACGAAGACUGGGCGAGUCGGCUGGGCUCAGGGCCAAUCACGUUGUGUCCGGUCUGACCGAUGGUCUCCUCCCGGAGUUGGAACUGGCGCUUGCCGAACUUCGGAUUGAAUCUCCCACCGAAUGGCUCGCCUCAGUUAAGAGAGUGGAGAUCGCUAUGACCAGACAAAGGCAAAGGACCGCCUUCAAAUACCAGCAACCACGAAGAACCGACGAUGGGAAGUACAUGCAAACCCGUCAGCAGGACGACCUUCCGAAGACUGAGUAUAAAGGAUUCACAAUUUCAUGCAUCAGUGAAGACAUCUACAGGAGGCUCCAGCUACAACUCAUCAAUAAUUCAGUCAUCACAAUUCGACAAGUUACCUCAUCAACGCAAACCUUGGGUCGCGUCUCCAUUAGCCUGAAAAUUGGAGAAACAACGAAGAAGGUGAAAGUUCAUGUUCUGCGAGGAAUGAAGGCGGAACUUCUGCUUGGCCUUGAUUAUGCCUCCGAUCACAACCUUGCCCUUGAUCUCUCAACCCUGCAGCUCACAACGCUACCCUGCACUAUCCCUUCACAACCGAUGCCGGCACCAUCACCACCGGGUGUACACGGCCAGAAUUAUCCAGACCGUGAUUCACUGACGCCGACACAACAACGGGCACUGGAUAAAUUACUGGAGAAAUAUAGUUCAAUUUUCUCGACAUCCCAGACUGAUAUUGGAUCCAUCACGACGGAGCAACAUUCAAUCACACUGCUGAACAACGUGCCAAUUCACAGACCACCGUAUAGAGCAUCCCAGGCGGACAGAGCCGAAAUCGACAAGCAAGGGGAAUCCCUCCUCGGUCAAGGGUUCAUUCGUCCGUCUCUGUCUCCAUACGGAUCCCCAUUAGUAGUGGCAGAGAAAAAGGGCGAAGGCAGGACACGGAUGUGCAUUGACUAUAGGAGGCUAAACGCUAUAACUGCAGCCAAUCAUCAACCCAUACCGCGUAUUGACGACGUACUAGACUCCCUAGGCCCAUCACGCUACUUCAGUGCACUUGACAUCACAUCGGGGUAUUGGCAUGUGCCCACGAACCGACAUGACAUUUCUAAGACCGCAUUCGUCACUCCUACCGGGCACUACGAAUGGCUUGUCAUGCCUUUUGGCCUUAAGAACGCCCCUGCUACAUUCCAGCGAGCUGUCAAGGCCAUUAUUGCAAAGCACAACCUUCGGAAUGUCGUCAAUUAUUUCGACGACAUAGUCGUGCACGUACCUACUUUCGAAGCGCACCUGACGUACAUGAUGGCCAGCUCGGAGCACUGCAAGCUGAAAAUGUCAAAUUGA